GUAUUUGCUUCUUUAUUUCAUUGGCAAACCAGAAUACUGAUCUUUUUUCCUAUUUAUGCAGUGGGUCCUUCAAGCACUUGGCGGAUGGGAAGAGGAGCUUGCAUAUUGUCAACAACUCCUUGAUGAUGAUAUUUACAACAAUUCUGCUUGGAAUCAGAGAUACUUUGUCAUAACACGAUCACCUCUACUAGGGGGCCUAGUGGCAAUGAGGGAAUUGGAAGUGAAUUACACAGUUCAAACCAUCAGAGCUAGUCCAGAGAAUGAAAGUCCUUGGAGGUAUCUUCGCGGUCUUUUCAAGAAUGAUACACAAUCUCUAGUUCAGGAUUCUCAAGUAGCAUCAGUACUUUUGGACGUCUUAACCUCCCAAAAUAGUCACGUGCAUGCUCUGAGCUUCUUGUUGGAUCUUCUUUGUCAUGGUUUUGAACCGAGCCAAGAAUUGAAAAGUGCCGUAGAUGUUCUUACUCCACAGUCAUGCUCACCAGAUUUAGCACUGACAAAGAAAAUAUGUUCCAUCUUGGAACAUGCUGAUCCAAUGAGAGUAAAAUAUUGGAAUUGGCGCAAAAGCAUGGUUCGGGUUCAAUCAGCUCAGAGUCAGAAUGCAGAUAGGUUGGCUAAUUUGAGUAUGCAAGGAUGACUUGUGAGAAUAUUGUACUGAUGUUGUACGAAUAUACAUACUUGCAUUUAAGGUGAUCCUUCGGGUACAUGUACUGGGAAAUGACUGAAUAUCAGGAAGAACUGAAAAAAUUGUUAUUGGCAACAUUGUGCUUCUCAAAAGAGGUCACUGUCGAUGACCUUUUGUACUGCCUUGAGUUUUUGCCCUGCUAUGUUUUGUAAAUUUGGAUUUGGAUGCAUGGCUAAUUGAUAUUUUUGGUGACUUC